GGCCGUCUCUCAACAGAGCGCGGCUCGGGUUGCCACAGGCCACAGACUCGCCGCAAGCCGGAGCGGCUGCCUGCGCACUCAGCUGCUCUGCGGUCACACUGGAAGCAGCGGCGUGGGGCGGUUUUUGUCUCGCAGCUCGUGGUGCACGCAUCGUGGACACGGAAAGACUUACAGAGGAGAUGAUCCAGCAGGCAGUCCCACCUUCCACCGUUGAGCCUCACAGGAUGACUACUCCAAAGAUGACCCAGCAGCCAGUCUCAUCCUCCACCGUUGAGCCUCAGCAGAUGACUACUCCAAAGAUGAUCCAGCAGCCAGUCCCACCUUCCACUGUUGAGCCUCACAGGAUGACUACUCCAAAGAUGAUCCAGCAGCCAGUUCCACCUUCCACUGUUGAGCCUCACAGGAUGACUACUCCAAAGAUGACCCAGCAGCCAGUCUCAUCCUUGACUGUUGAGCCUCACAGGAUGACUACUCCAAAGGUGGUAAAGGGGCAAAAUGAUCUGCCGGCUGUGUUCAACAAAACCAUCAUAUUUGGAGUCUCCGUGGCAGUUGUGUGUAUUAUGGCGGUGGUGAUGUACUAUGUUUUCUGCAGGAUGAGGACAGCUGGGUACAGAGAGCAGGAUUCCAGCCCCGAAAGCGGUAUAAGGCUGCAGCCUGUCCCCACUAGGUCCACAGAAAGGAGUACAAGGUCUCUUGCAGCAUCAACAAGCCCAGAGGGUGACCCUGCAAAAGAUGGGGAGAAGAAGACUCGCUCCUACACGCGGGGUACCCCUCAGACUGUAAUCAUAACGAAGCAGGAGGGCCAGAAGAUUGGGUUGUCCAUUGUAGGUGGCAGUGAUUCCCCAAGAGGUCCGGAAUUCUUUGUUAAGGCUCUAGAUCCUCACGGACUAGCUGCAGCCUCUGGGUACAUAAAGAAAAAUGACAAAAUCAUUAGUAUUAACAGAAAACUACUAUGUGGACUUACACAUAAACAAGCCAUAGAUGCUUUCAACACCUUUAUUAGUGGAAGAAUGCUGAUUGAGAUUCAACAAUAAACACAGGAAGAUGGACGACCACGACUCAAAUCCAGUGUAUGAAUCCAGGAAGAACUAUAACAAUUCAUAAUAUUGCAAAGGCAUAUCCAUUAGCAUUUACCUCAAAGAAUAUAGU